AUGUCUUUCUUCAAGAAGAUUGCCAAGGAGUUCGAGAACCUUGGUAUCGGUGACAAGGACAAGGAGGAGAAGAAGGAGGAGCCUCAGCAGCAGUCUUAUCCUCCUCAGCAGUCUCACGAUAACACCCGCGGCUACGGCGACGGCGGAUACGGCGCUCCUCCCCAGCAGUACGGUUCUCCUGCUCCCCCCCAACAAUACGGUUCUCCUGCCCCUCAGCAGUACGGCGCCCCUCCACCUCAACAAUACGGCUCUCCUGCUCCUCAGCAACAAUACGGUGCUCCCCCUCCCCAGCCCGCCUAUCAGCCUCCUUCCGACCGCCCUCCUCUGCCUCAAGGCUGGACUGCUCAGUUCGACCAGUCGCACCAGCGAUGGUACUAUGUUGAGACAGCUUCUGGCCGCACCCAGUGGGAGGCUCCUCAGCAAGCCCCUCCCCCUCCUCCUCCUGAUUCUCGUCCUCCCUACGAGUCUCAGCCUUCUGAUGGAUCUCGCGGUUACGGUGCCCCGGGUGGAUACGGUUCACCGGCUCCUGGUGGAUACGGCGGUGCUCCUGGUUACGGAUCCCCUGCUCCAGGUGGUUAUGGAUCUCCUGCUCCGGGAUACGGAGGUGCUCCCGGUUAUGGUGCGCCUUCUCCCUAUGGCGCUCCUUCUCCUUACGGUGCUCCUUCUCCCUACGGCGCCCCUGGUGGAUAUGGUGCCCCCCAAGGUGAGGGUUACAGCGGUGACCGCGGUCACGGCGACACCAACCCGUAUGGUCAAGGAGAGAAGAAGAAGAGCGGCAGCUCCGGCAUGCUUCUUGGUGCCGCAGGUGGUCUCGCUCUUGGUGCUGUAGGUGGUGCCUUGAUUGCCAAUGAGCUCAACGACAGUGACAGCGACCACGAGCACUCCGCUCCUCCUCCCGCUCCUGCUCCUGCUCCGGUCUACGAUUACAACCAGCCUCCUGCUCAUGAUCCCUACGCCGAUCCAUACGCACAGGAUGGUCCUCCCGCUGUCCUCCCCCCUACCGACGCUGAUGGCGACUCCGUCUCAUCUAGCGACCGCGAGGACGUCCAAGAGGCGCGUGAAGAAUACGAAGAGGCCCUGGCAGAUGCUGCCGACUCAGACGCCAGCAGUAGCGAUCAAGAGGCCCUUGAAGAGGCUCGAGAGGAGUACGAGGAGACAUACGAAGAGGUGUAUGAGGACUAA